AUGGCAUGGGACGGCACGUCCAGACAUUCAGGGCAAUUUGACCCAUUGAACAACAGAGACCUAGAGCUGACGAUCGAGAAGGACGUCUAUGUCAGCGAAAUUCACUACCCCAUUACCAUCACUGCCAUCAAAAUCUCCAUCCUACUCUUCUACCUCCGCUUGUUCGGAGCUCGCAAAUGGUUUAGAUACGUAAUAUACAUCACCGAAGCCAUUGUUCUUAGCUGGUGCAUGGCGACCAUUUUGCCGGCAGUCUUUCAAUGCAAGCCGAUACACAUUGCAUGGUCCAUCGAUGCAAUAGAGAUGAUGGAGCAUUGUAACAAUCUCAAUGCCUAUCUGAUUGCCACUUCGGUGAUCAACGUUAUCCUGGACUUCUGGAUCUUGGCGUUGCCGCUUUCUAUCGUUUGGACGCUUCAGAUGUCGAGGAAGUCAAAGGCGUCGUUGAGUGGGAGCAUGGUGGACCCCAUCAUAUGGUCCAAUGUCGAGAUUAGUGUCGGCAUCAUCUGUGCCUGUCUACCCGUUCUCCGCCCACUAGUCCAAGCCGUUGGACGUAGACUCUUCGGCGGAUCAAGCACGGCACUGUGGCACUCGUCCCAAUUCUCACAGACUGCGGAUGAGAUCUAUGGCUUCGAGCAGAGUCCGAAGGUACAAAGCCCAAUUUUGGCAAGAAGGGCAGCGGAGUACCUCGUCAUGCCCGAGAAAACUUUGCCGACGCUACCGCCGGCGGCUGAUUUUAGAAGCUAUAGUCAGAGGGCUGGACGUAGGGGUCUUGAGGAUGGACUGUGGGAAUCGCGGCAUAGCGAAGAAGUUAUGACAGUGAAGACGGUGAGGGUUAAGGAGCAUGGGGGUGAGGGUGAUGACAUCGUCUAUUAG